AUGCAUGUAUUCUUCCCUUUGUGUGUGUAUGUUAGGGCUGGUUUGCACAAGUCUGAUACUUCUCGGCGAAAUGGGGAGAGGACAGGUUUUCAAGCCAUUUCUUAUAAAACAAAAAAAGAAACAUGGGCCUGGAUGAGUAUUCCAGCCAGUGUAUUCUCUCUCUCUUCAAACUUUUGUUCUCUCUCUCUCUCUCUCUCUUUAUUUUCCCCACAGGCGGACAGCUCUGUGUGUUGUUUUAUGUACACGUCCCCGGUCGUUUCUUUUUUUUCCAUGUGGAUUCUUUGUCUUUUCUGCGUCUUAUCUCUUUGUUUCUUCCCAUGCUCUUUUUCUGCUCUCUCUCUCUCUCUCUCUCUCUCUCUCUCUCUUAACUUCCUGCUAUCUCUCACUCACUCGCUCACUCACUCAAUCUCUCUUUAUCUCUGUCUGUUUCCCUUUGCAGCCUAUCUCUUUUUUUUCUCUCCCUCCCUUCCUCUCACAAUCGCACACACACACACGUUUCUCUCAGACUCUGACACACACAUACACGGUCUCUCUUUCCUCUCUUCCUCAUUCCCUCUCUCUCUCUCACACGCACACACUCUCUGCCCUCUCCUACAAUGCUUGAUUUUCUCUCUCUCUUUCAUGGAUUGCCCUUUCCUGCUCAGUGAUGAAAAAUGUCCUCCAGUCUUCUUACACGCUGAUGGUAUACAGCACAGUCCUUCACUCAAGGUGUGUUCCUUUCUGUAAUAGAGGGUCUUUUUGUGGGACGGCCAGUCUAUAUCCCACUGUUAAUAAGCUCACAGGAAGUGCCAGACUAAUCCAAAACCUUUUCCAUAAUUAGGAUAGAGCAGAACACCUCAGCACACACCCAGCAACCCGGCGGGCAGGUAGCCUAUCACGGCGCCUCCUGACGGAGGCUCGGAGGAAAACUGGAACUUUAAUAGUUAAUAUCCUUUUUCUCUCUUUGCCUGUACACCCCACUCCAGCACUCCCCUUCUUUUUCUCUUGCUGAUGGACUCUUCUUUUUUUAUUUUCACACCAUACCAUCCCCCUUUUUCUGUUUCUAUCUCUCAAACUCUCUCUCUCUCUCUCUCUCUCUCUCUUUCACAGCAUUCCCGUCUUUCUAUCUUUCGUUCACUCCCCCACCCCCUCGCAAGCGCUCCCUCCCUAUUCUCUCUUUCAUUCUUUCUGUCUCUUUUUCUUUGACCUCAUCUUUUCUUAUGCUCUCUCCCUCCCCCAGUUUCUCUUCCUCCUUUUUUGCUGCAUUCUCUUCUUCUCUUGCCCUCCCCCACCUUUUUCUCUUCUCUCUUUUCUCUCUCUCUUUCUGUUUCUCUCCUGUUCCCCCCUCCUCCUUCCUCCUUCUCUAUACCUCUCUGUCUCACUCCCCCCUCCCUCUUCCUCUUAUUCUCUCUCUCCCCCUGUGUGUCUGUCUCACUCCCUCCCUUUUUCUCUUUCCAAACUGCUUUUCUUUCUUUGUCAGUCAUUUUUGUGUGUGUGUGGUGCCUCUCAGACGCUGUACAGCGUCUUGCUGCUUAAUUAUUUCAGACACACAAAUAAACAGACUUGUGGAACUCCUCAGCAUUCUGGAAACAUUUCGGCGUAUCUCACUCACUCAAUGUCUGUCUGACAACGACAGACACACCUCCACGGCCACUCAGUGUGCCGGUGAUUAGAGAUUACUGUGUGUGCGCGUCUGGCAACAUUUGUGAAGAGCGCACCUUUGAAAGGAAGUGAGCAUUGUAUGUGUGGGCUUUUGUUAGCGUGCGCUUCAUAAAGAAAUAUGUUUGUUGAAGGGUCACGGCGUAUGGAGUGUGUGCGUGAGAACGAGAGAUGAAACACGCGUUUGUGUUUGUGUUUGCAAGAGCGAAAGAGAAAGAAAGCGAGAUGGGGGAGUGUGAGGAAGGGAGGGGAGAGACACAGAAAGAAAAAGAAAGACAUUGGAAGAAAUAGGUUUGUGUGUGUGUGUGUGUGAAUGUGUAUGUGUGUGUGAGAGGCAGGCACAACCAGUUCUGAUAACAGCAACAGUAGGAGGAGGAUGAGCUUGGCUCCGCCCCCUCUCCCUCGCUCACUUAUAAAUAGGAGCUGGUGGUUUUUGCUCCUCUUACUUCUCUUGAAGGAUGAGAUCCCUGAAACAUCUGAAACAUCACACCAGGAGUAAUGUGGAGGAGCAGGAGGUACCUCUUGUCAGCUGCUAUUCUAAAGUAAUGGAGCAUGGAGUGGAUGCCGGCACUCAGACCGACCCUGUUGUGGUCCUGUCUUUGGCCCAGGCCGCCGUGCUAGGCCUCAUAUCUCAGAAUGAAAUUUUCGGAGCCACCAUCGCCCCAAAAGGCUUCUGCAAGGGGAUGGCACGCGACGGUCCCGCUCCCCCUGCGGAAGCUAUGGAGUACGAAUAUGCAGAUCAGCUGAUCGGAGCCAACGGAGACUAUCUAUCCGAGCCUCAUAGGAGGCCGGAAGGACUUCACGGGGCAGAGCGUAGGCGCCCUGGUCCCAGAGGGAGGACCAAGAGGCCCUUUAGUGAGGUAGAAGCAGAGGAAAAGUCCCUGGACACAUCGAAUCCGGUGAAAGGAGAGAGAAUGGAGUUUUCAAGUCCCUGUUAUCUCGCAAAUCCACAACAAACAGACAGCGAGCCAGAGGUAUUGGAUCUAACGCCCAACAGAGUGCCAGUGAAAGAAGAGAACUGUACCAAAGGCUACCCUGAAUCCUCAAGAGAACCAAGCGACCAACAGGUUGAUGCCAAUUCGGAAGCUAACGCAAAGCCAAGCACUGUCGGGCCUGCGAAGGCAUUGCCAGUGUCUUCUGAGGAGGAAAGAGGAAAGGAGGAACGUGAGGAGGAGGAUGUGGAGGAGAGAGCGCUGAAUCUGAAAACCAAGGAAGAAGAUGUGACGCCGGUGAUGAGGCGCUACUAUGAGUCCAGCGUGAUCGGUUACGAAACUGCUGAGAUGAGCAUGCCAGGAGAAUACGAGGAGGGGGGGCAGUCCAUGGUUUGGACAGACGCCGAGAACUCUGUCGGUCGACGGAUGCAAAUUGAUCGGCUGGACAUCAACGUGCAGAUUGACGAGUCGUACUGCGUGGAUGUAGGAGAAGGACUUAAGCGCUGGAAGUGCCGCAUGUGCGAGAAAUCCUACACCUCGAAAUACAAUCUGGUCACGCACAUACUCGGCCACAACGGCAUCAAGCCCCACGAGUGUGUGCACUGUGGAAAGCUCUUCAAGCAGCCCAGCCACUUGCAGACACACCUGCUGACGCACCAGGGUACACGGCCGCACAAGUGCACCGUCUGCAAAAAGGCCUUCACCCAGACUAGCCAUCUCAAACGCCACAUGUUGCAACACAGCGACAUCAAGCCCUACAGCUGCCGCUUCUGCGGCCGGGGCUUCGCAUACCCCAGUGAACUGCGCACCCACGAGACCAAGCACGAGAGCGGUCACUGUCACGUUUGCGCGCAGUGCGGAAUGGAGUUCCCCACCCAAGCCCAUCUCAAGCGGCACCAGGUCAGCCACCAAGGCCCGACCACCUUCCAAUGCAGCGAAUGCCACAAGUCCUUCGCCUACCGGAGCCAGCUUCAGAACCACCUGAUGAAGCACCAGAACGUGAGGCCUUUCGUUUGCUCCGAGUGCGGCAUGGAGUUCGUCCAGAUCCACCACCUGAAGCAACACAUGCUUAGACACAAGGGUAUGAAAGAAUACAAAUGUGAAGUGUGUUCGCGAGAAUUCACUCUCUCAGCCAACCUGAAGCGUCACAUGCUGAUCCACACCAGCGUGCGGCCCUUCCAGUGCCACGUCUGCUUCAAGACCUUCGUCCAAAAACAGACGCUUAAAACGCACAUGAUCGUCCAUCUGCCCGUGAAACCGUUUAAGUGCAAGGUGUGCGGCAAGUCCUUCAACAGAAUGUACAACCUGCUGGGUCACAUGCACCUUCACGCCGGAAGCAAACCCUUCAAGUGUCCUUACUGCAGCAGCAAGUUCAAUUUGAAGGGCAACCUCAGCCGACACAUGAAGGUGAAACAUGGAAUCCUGGACACCUCCUCUGAAGGACAAGACGUUCUUCAUGAUGUGGAGGGUCAUGAAGAUUAUGAAGCGGAGAGCUUCGAUUACAGCGAGAGGGAAAAUCUAGCUAGCAACAACAGCACAACGACGCAAGACUUGGCAAAACUCGGCAAAAUGAGUUACUAUAACUACACCAAGGUUGCUGCUCGCUACAAUACGGCUUGAGCGGCUGACUGAGACGCUAAAACGUGAUUAAAAGAACAGAAAACACCAAAGUCAUUUCUGUAGUAUCUUUGGCUUUGACAUGAGCCAAUGAGAGGAAAUAGCCAUCACGAAGUGGUUGUGCUCUGGAAGCCAUUUUGGCUCUGCGAAACAAGAGAUAGAAGGAAAGCUUCAUUUUAACAAGUGUAAUGUGACAUUAGGGUCAUGGAGAAUAGAGGACAGUGUGCAUAGGUACUGUUCAUUUUGAAUGUUCUUUUACUCCUGUCACCGAGUGCAGAAGGAUAUCGUUUCUGAGCUGGAUUCAGUGGUAGCAGUAUGUAUAGGCAUGAGGCGGCACUUAAUCCAUACAGACAAUCCUCUGCUCUUAACUUGUCAACUGUCCACGUGGAGACAUGAAGAUGAUGUGACUUGCUAUUUUAGAACAUUGAUGUUGCUGGUGGAUUUAUUGUCCAGAAACCACAUAGGGUUUAACCAAAGCUGACAAAGUGGGAAUAGCUCUCAUUAUACUUUAACUUUCCCAUCAUUUUGUUAACACACUGUGACUUUUUGUUGAGAUUCUUCCUUUGCAGUUUGUGAUUUGCGAUGCGUGUUGCUUGUAGCUCACAGUGGGAUGUUUCAGUGCCUGGGGAUUUUGCGUUUCUUUUUAAGUUGGUGGGACAGUGUGUGGCCUUCUGAACAUUUUUGUUUUUCUGUUAUUAUUGCAGAGUAUUUAUUUUUCAAUGUUAUUUCUUGGCAUUCUCAUGUGUGAAUACAUUGAUAGAAAGACCCAGUGUUCCAGAUGGGCAGAUUUUAUUUCAACAUGCACAUGUUGUCAUUUAGUUUAAAUUUGGGCAUAUUUGCAUUCUUCUCCAAAGUGCAUUGUUUGGUCAGUCUUACUCAUGGUAAAAUCUGUCAUCUGCCGAAACAUUUUUCCAUCUUUAGUUUGACGAAUGUAAUAAUGCAAAAAUAUAUUUCUCCCUUUAAAAAGUCUCAUUUUGGAGCCAUGAACCAGCCAACAAAACUGUUAUAUUUAAUCAAAUCUCAGAAAUUCAGUUAUUUAUUUAUUGCUGAAGCGCUUGAUCCAUUCUUUACGGCUUACAACCAUGUUCUUGUUUAUAACACUAGCUAACUGUGGGCUGAAUCCAUUUUUAAUUCACAAUGUGGAGACCUUCUCGCAUCAGUUUUUUGGUGCAACAUUCAUUUAAUUCUUAAAUACCCCCAAAAGAAACGUCUUUCCCAAAGUCACCAAUACUGACUGAAGAGGAUGCACAAAAAGACACCGGACAAAAAUAUGAACUGCCCUUAUGUGUGCUAGUGAGCAUCUCAUCCAUCAUUCCUGUGCACAGCUCAGAAGUGAUGAACGACACUCUGCCGACAUGUGACAGGGCUCGAGACCCAGAGGAGAAUGAUUGGGGAAAUUCACCAUGUAUUCUCCAUUUCUCUCUCUGCUUAGCUUCACACUGACAGUGCCAUCUAGACAACUCAAAAAUGUUAAUAUGUAACGUGACAGAUUUGGUUUGCCAUUUUAAAGCUAGAUCGGAAUUUUAGUUUUGUAUAAGCUUUCAAUUAUUUUGUUGCAAUGCACACAAAUGUGAAUAUGAAGCUGAUAAAUGUGUGUUGAAUGUUGUGCUAUGGACAUUAUCAUAAAUUAAUACAUCUAUUUA